AUGGACCAGAAUAGAAUUAAAAAAUUACUUUUCUCUGAAUACAAAGAAUUGUACGAAAAAAUUAUCAUCGAAUCACCAUUCGCUGAGACUACGAGGGACGGCCGGGGAGUGAGAGAAGUUACCAUGGCAUUGAGUUCUUCCAAGCUGAUCAUUGCCACUGACGUUUUCCAAAAAAAUCAGGGAUUCACUUGCUGUCCAGGAGUCGAUGCCAGUAUCGAGUGUUUCGAGCUCGUUUCUGUUUAUCCUUUGGAGUUUGUUAAUUUGAGUGUUUUUAGGAGACGAAGGAGAAAAACCCUGAAGGCCAGAUUAAUUAGCGGUCGCGUAACAUAUUACGAAUUGGGGGGUAUCUGCCACCGUGAUUCCCUCUGGUCCCUCUGGUGCACCCAAAUUGAGGUCCUCCAACUGCAGAAAGAAAAUGGAAGUUCUCUCUCUGAAACCACAGCGGCUAGCUCAUCAAGCUCCACCACCCUCUACAUUCUCUCUUCCGACGGGGAAUCCCGAUUUGUCCCAAAAGAUUGGGGGAAUCCCCGAGUCUGUAGACAGAGACAGAAUUACAGUGGCGGUGAUGGUAUUCCCCCCGUGUGGCCCCGCAAAGACAUCUACCUCGGUCCAACUUACAACGAACUCGGUCACGGUCUCUACGCUCCAGUUCCCGUGCGUUUUGCAGGUACCAGUUUCGAUGACCUUGGAGUUCAAUAUGAAUUGCGUCCAGUAUCCCUCACUCCUCUCCAGAAGUCCAACCACAGUUGGCCACCGUCGAAAUACUCCACCACAAAACGACAGCAGAAAGCCAAAGACAUCGGACCUUGUGACGUUCUUUACCUCCACAGACCAUCCCCUCAUCCCCAGAGAUUGAUUUCAAAAGUUUCUCGCACCGGGUCCCACCCCUCCCCCCAUUGCAGCGAUAUCGAUAGAAAUGAUUCGACGAUCUCCAGAAGCCGAAAGACAGAUCGAGAAUCAAAUUACGCUCUAGUUCCCAAAUUAUCGAGAUUUGGAUUUGGAAUCGGUGAGAAUUGCUCGUCUGGGCUGUAUCUAGCCCCUCACGAGGGCGAUCCUGAUCACCUAGUCAAGAUAAAGCCAGCUUACAAACUGAUGGACCCUUACAAAUUGAUCGAGAGUGGAGUGGAAAUCUGGGAGAGAAGAAAAGGUGUUCAAUCGAACAGCUCCUCACGACAUUCGUUCAAAUCUCUCAGAAGAUACGGGUUGGCCACCUGUCCCCACUUCUUCUUCGGGUUGGGUCCCUGGUCUGUGAACGCCGGUGACAAAAUUUCAGUUCAGAAGAGAAGAUCCUCGAGUCUGGUGGGAAUCAGAAGACCUGUCGAUGAUGAAAUGAGACUCCCUGUCCCCAAGAAGCAGCUCUGCACGAGUGUUUCCAUGACUUCUCUAAACCCUGAAAGACCCUCACCUGUCACUUCUACGAGAGGAAGACUCGUGAUAUUCUGGACGCCGAACUACUGGUACAGACCCCGAGCUGCAACCGCUGUCUACAGGGAGUUGAGGAACCACUUGACACGUCUCCACAAUUUUCAUUCGACAAGAGAUAAUGGUAAACGAUGUUCCUUCUUAGGGAGGAAGUUCUCCUCGGAUGGAAGCAAGACAAACGGGAUGAAGAUGUGCAGUAAGAGCAGUUGCAUUCUGAACAAGAUAUUCCCGGGUCGAGACCUGCGGAAGAGAAGGAAAGACCUUCAGAAGUCCGAAGAGAGGACAGUGACCCAACUGAGACGUUUGUUGAGACCAAAUUUCAAAGCAACGAUCUGGGAUCUAGACAGUACGACUUUGGCAAAGCAGCUGACACUCAUCGAUCGCAAUUUGUUCCUGAGGAUACCAUCGUCAGAGAUCGAGAUAAUCGUCUUCCAAAAUUCAUCUAGGAAUGCACCAAACGUGGGAGCUUGGAUUGCCUUCAGCCAUCGAAUUUCCUCGUUGACUUCUAGUGAGAUCCUCAUGAUCAGGAAAUUGGAAAUGAGGGCGAGGAUGUUGGCGAGGCUCAUCAACUCCGCUAAAAAAUGUUUCUCCAUGGGAAACUUCAACUCAUCCAGAUCUAUCAUCGCGGGUCUCCAGAGUCCAUCGGUUUACAGAUUAAGAUCUACUUGGAAUCAUCUGAAGACUCAUCACGCUACGAGGUACGAGAGCUUUUCAAGGUUGUGCAGGAUUUUUACAAAUUGUAGAACAGAUUGUUAUCUCGACUCAUGGGAGAAAGCGCAAGAUCGUCCACCAGUGCUGCCCUACAUCGGUCACGUAUUGAGUAGAAUUCUAGGGCUUGAUCUUGAUGAAGAGGUGGCCAGGGAGGAAACACCGAGACGUUGGACGCAGAAGAACUACGACUGUGGUUGUACGUAUCUGUGCCCAGCGUCUGAAGAUGGAAAAUCUGGGAAGAACCAUCAGGAGGUGACACGUCAUACCAUUUCCUCGUCUCAAAAGAAGUCUGAACCGAGCUUGGUAAGGAGAAUCCUGUCGACGAGGAUGGCGAGGCUUCUUCAGGGAAAGACUGCGAUUCGAGGGAAAAUUGAUGUCUUCUGGGCUGCAGUACAGCUGAUGAGAGCCAGAAAGUUCUUUGAUCAUUGGCACACUCAGGUUUUAACGGCGAAGAUCAUCAAGGAACACGAGUUGAAGAGCAAAAAUGUGAAUUGGAAGAAGAAAAGGGCAGACGAGGUCGGGGUGUGGAUGAGGGAGUGCCAGAGGCUUGCGAGGGAGUACGAAUUUCCUGGGCACUCUUUGGCUUGGGAAUUCUUGCUGAAGGCGAGGUAUAAGGAGGACAAGGAGAACUUUUGGAUUAGUUUGAAGCUAGAGCCACCUUUGGGAUGAGUAU